GCAGUUCUCCAAAAAUUGGCGCCAAAUUUGUCGCAACUCGUAUCAAUUUACAGUGUCAUAAUUUCACUUCGUUCGUGUGUUUGUAAUGUAUUGUUUUUCUUUUGUGAUUAUUUGAAUUAAAGUUUGAGACUUAGCAAGAAAUCCUUGGAUAAAAGCAGGUGAUGAUGUAUGAGCAACCUGCUAAUAAGUUUGUUCUAAACAAUCAAAACCGAUUAAAGACCUGUUCAAAGUUGAUGGCUGAACACUAUACGAGUCAUUUAUAUGCACUGGUGUAUAAACAUCUAACUGUUACCACUCGAAAUUUGGAAAAUGCAAGGAUUUGGACUGUUUAUAUUUAUUAUUUUCUUUCUACGUAGUGUUUGCUGUUUUCCACAAUAUAAACCUGGCGACUUGGCACCCUCUUUUGUAAUUCAAACUGAAAGUGGCAAAUUUGUUUACAAAGAGAAGGCAUCAAAUGACAGCAAGAAUUCUAAUCCAAUUAUAUUCUGUGCAUUUAACAAGCAUUCUGCAUUUUUGAGAGCUUUAUGGACUGAAGAGGGCUCAGUAAGGCGGUUACUUGAGCGAUCGCCUCGAAACACUCGGUAUGUUUUCCUCUCUCUUUCGGAGAAUGCAAAACAUGAUGUGGAAUAUAUGCAGAAGAAAAUUUUUGGUGAAAUGACAAAAUUGUAUAAUGAGAAGAAAGAUAAGUAA